AUGAAUACAUCUGAAGAUAUAAUUCAAAAAUGUCUUAAUGAAAGACACAUUGAAUUUUACGAAUAUUCUCGUUUCAAGCAUGUAAAAUUGAUUGGAGAAGGAGGAUAUGGAAAAGUAUACUGUGCCACUUUAAAGAAUAAAGAAAUCACUAUCGCACUAAAAUCAUUUAAAAGUAAUAAUAUGGCCAUUAAAGAAGUUGUUAAUGAG